AGCGGGGAGCGGAGCGGACGGAGCCAAGAUGGCGGCGCCGGGGCUGGGCCGGCCCUGAGGGGCCGUGAGGGGCCGGGAGGGGCCCCCGCGCACGGCGGGGCUGGGACGGGCCGCAGGGGGGGCCCCGCCGCUCCCCCCGCCGCUCCUCGAGACGCUGCCUCCGCCGGAGCCUCCCUGGGGCCUGACCGGAGCUUCCCCGGAGCUUCCCCCGGGGGAGAAGCGGGGCCUGCUCGGGGCCUUACCGGAUUCUCCCCGCGGCUUUUCGGGGCUCGCCGGGGCUUUUUGGGGGCCUCGCCCGGGGCCUUUUGGGGCCUCCCCGGGGUUUCGCGGAGCUGUUUUGAGGCCUUACCGGGGCCUCCCCGGGGUUUGACCGGAGCUUUUUGGGGUCCAACCGGGCCCUUCCCGAAGCCACCCGGGGUGAACCGGAGCCUCCCCGGGAUCUUUUUGGGGUCUUACCGGGAGCUCCCGGGGCUUUAAAAGCCUUUAACGGGAAGAACCCUCCCGGUUCUCUCCGUUUUGCUUCUUUACCGUUGGAAUUUUGAGGCGAUUUCAGUGGAAAUCGCGGUCAAAUCGGAGCUUUUUUUUGGUUGGGUUUUAAUUAUUAUUAUUAUUAUUUUAUAAUUUUUGGUCCUAUUUAACAACAGCGCUUUUCCCUCGGUUUCCCCCCCCCCCCCCCCCCCCCCCCCCCCCCCCUCAGAAUUCCGGCUCUUCCCGAGGAUCAAAACAAAUCAAAAAAAUCCCGGGAUUUGAAGCGCAAGGAGGAGCGGCAUGAAAUUCCAAGGAUUUCUUCCCUCGAGGGAGCUUUUUUGGGUUUUUUUCCUUGCGUUUUUCCCUUUGAGCGAGGUCGGAAUCGCCCCAAAAUCCUCCUAAAAUCCGGGCUCCAGGGAAUUCAUCCCUCGGGAAUGCUGGCCCUGAAACCAGGAAUGACUUCAAAGCCAAACCCCGGCGUUGGUUUUUGUUUUGAUUUUUUUUUGUUUGUUUUUCUUGGCUAAAUUAUUAAUUAGGAAGGCAACAAAAAAUUAAAAAAAAAAGAUUUUUGUUGUUUUUUUGGGGGGGGGGGCAAGUGGAGCAACCCCUAAGGACUGACAGCGAUCCCGGCCUCUGGAAUUCCGGCGGCGAGUGGAAUUUUGGGAGCAUCCGCGGGAAUUUUGGGGUUUUUUUUUGGGGGGGGGGGGGGGGGAUUUUAUUUAAAAAAAAAGGAAUUUAAGGACAAAAAAAAAGUGAAAAAACAAAGGAAAAGGGGAUCGAAAAUUCCUUCCGACCGCUCCUGCUGCGGGAUCCAGGCACGGCUGGGAUUGCUGCUGGCUGAGGUGCCCAUGGCGGGCCGGAAGCGCGGUGCCGGCAGCGCCGCGGCUGGCAUUACCGGCGGCACGGGCGGCGGCGCGGCGCCGUGGCCGGAGGAGGUGGGCGAGCGCGAGCAGGGGCUCUACUCGCUGCACCGCAUGUUCGACAUCGUGGGCGCGCAGCUGACGCACCGCGACGUGCGCGUGCUCUCCUUCCUCUUCGUGGACGUGCUGGACGAGGCCGAGCGCGGCCGCAUCCGCUCGGGCCGCGACUUCCUGCUGGCGCUGGAGCGGCAGGGCCGCUGCGACGAGAGCAACCUGCGGCAGCUGCUGCAGCUGCUGCGCAUCAUCACCCGCCACGACCUGCUGCCCUACGUCAGCCUCAAGCGCCGCCGGCCCGUGUGCCCGGACCUGGUGGACAAGUACCUGGAGGAGACGUCCAUCCCGCUACGUCACCCCACCGCGCGCGCCCGGGGGCGCCGCGCGGGCCUCGGCCACCCCCACAAAUCAGUGCCUGCCCCCCCACCCGUCCCUGUGCUGCCCCCCGGGGGGCCCCAGCUGGGCCCGAAGCGCCCGGGCCGGGCCCGGAGCCUCCUCGGGAACCAACGGAAACGGAGAAAGUCGGCGACCCCCGACCCCAAGGAGAAACAGACCUGCGACAUCCGCCUGCGCGUGCGCGCCGAGUAUUGCCAGCACGACUCCGCCCUGCACGGCAACGUCUUCUCCAACAAGCAGGACCCUCUGGAGCGCCAAUUCGAGCGCUUCAACCAAGCCAACACCAUCCUCAAAUCCCGGGAUUUGGGCUCCAUCAUCUGCGACAUCAAAUUCUCGGAGCUCACCUACCUCGAAGCCUUCUGGCGGGAUUACAUCAACGGCUCCCUGCUCGAGGCGCUCAAGGGCGUCUUCAUCACGGACUCGCUCAAACAAGCCGUGGGCCACGAGGCCAUCAAGCUGCUGGUCAACGUGGACGAGGAGGAUUACGAGUUGGGCCGCCAGAAACUCCUCAGGAACUUGAUGCUCCACACGGCUCCUUGAGGGAUUCAUCCAACCCCGCCUUGCUUUUUUUGGGUUUUUUUUGGGGGUUUUUUUAAGGGGUUUUCACCCCGGUUUUUGGUUGGGGUUUUUUUUUUUUUUCCCCCCCCAUCUUUGGUGAUUCUUUCCCCCCCCCCCCCCCCGGUGGUUUUUUGUUGGAGGCGAUGGCGAGGAUUUGGGGAGGGUUGGAGGUUUGGGAUGUUCCAGGAUUUGGCGCUUUUUUUGGGGUCCCUGCUGGGUUCUCCCUUGUGUUUUUUUUCCAUGGGGUUUUCCCCCUCCAUUUUGCUUUUGUAUCCAUUAAAAAAACGGCGAUGGAAAGGCGAAACUCCCCGUUGGUGCAGUGGGAAUUGGGGAUUGGAGGCGCGGAAUGUGCCAGAAUUCUUCUUUUUUCUCUGUCAAUUCCUCCAUUUUCCUUGUGUUUUCCAUGAUUUUUCCCUGUUUUUUCCCUGUUUUUCCCAUUUUCCGUUCUUUUGUAGCCAUUAAAAACCACGACGGAAAGGC